AUGGCGUUGAAGCGAAUCAACAAAGAGCUUACAGAUCUGGGCCGUGACCCACCGUCUUCGUGCUCUGCUGGUCCUAUCGGCGAUGAUCUGUUCCACUGGCAAGCAACUAUCAUGGGUCCUUCCGACUCACCAUACUCAGGCGGCGUUUUCUUCCUCGCUAUCCAUUUCCCAACCGACUACCCAUUCAAGCCACCGAAGGUUAACUUCACCACCCGCAUCUACCACCCAAACAUCAACAGCAAUGGUUCCAUUUGCUUAGAUAUCUUGCGUGAUCAAUGGUCUCCUGCUUUGACAAUCUCUAAAGUGCUCCUCUCAAUCUGCUCCAUGCUCACGGACCCCAAUCCCGACGAUCCAUUAGUCCCCGAAAUCGCCCACGUCUAUAAGACAGACCGAUCCCGCUACGAGGCUACAGCUAGAGAGUGGACCCGCAAGUACGCCAUCUGA